AUGCGUAUGCAAUGUGUUUGAUGUUAUUAUUCAACCACAUUGUGUCGUAACCCUAAUGAAUCGUUGAGUUGUAACUGGAAAUUGCGAUCAAUGUGGUUAGUGUGUGGUAAUGAUUAGUUUGUUUUGGUUUUGUUUGGUGCAGGCAGGGGUGGACUUGGUGGCAGAGUUGGUGGGAGUGACAUUGGGUCCAAAGGGUAGGAAUGUGGUGUUGCAAAACAAGUAUGGACCUCCAAAGAUUGUCAAUGAUGGUGAAACUAUUCUCAAAGAGAUAGAGCCGGAAGACCCUUUGGAAAAUGUUGGAGUGAAAUUAGUGAGACAGGCUGGAGCUAAGACAAAUGAUAUUGCUGGUGAUGGUUCGACAACGUCAAUAGUGCUCGCUCAAGGCCUAAUCUCUGUAGGUGUGAAGGUUAUUGCAGCAGGCAUGAAUCCCAUUCAGCUAUCCCAAGGAAUCGAGAAAACUGCAAAGGCCCUUGUUUCUGAGCUCAAACAGAUGUCCAGAGAGGUUGAGGACCACGAGCUUGCAGAUGUUGCUGCUGUAAGCGCAGGGAACGAUUAUGCAGUAGGAAACAUGAUUUCUGAUGCUCUUCGACAAGUGGGAAUGAAGGGAGUAGUAACAAUUGAGAAAGGGAAUUAUGCAGAGAAUGCUUUACAGAUUGUAGACGAAAUGCAAUUUGAUCGUGGAUACUUGUCCCCUUAUUUUGUUACUGAUAGACGGAAGAUGAUAGUGGAGUUCCACAAUUGCCAGGUAGGGCUGUUAACACUUUGUCAAGCAUAGCAUUUGCAGCAUUGUCCCGCGGGGAGUAUUCAUAGGGUGCUUUGGUUGCAGUUAUUUCUGGUCGAUAGAAA